AUGGCUCUGCGAAUGCCCGGCUCACAAGCCGAACGGGAUGCCGAUCCUUCCAUCAAGACGAGCUCGGCGUCGUCGGAUCAGCAGCCACGCCGAAGAGAGCAAGAUGGCAUCGACACCGGCGUGCUCAGACAGCUCGCCAGAGCGGAGCUCACUCAGAUCCUCGACAGCAUCAUUGGUGCAAAGACACUGGUGCUUGAUCCGUCGCUGGCCGGCCCGCUUGGCUUGGUCGUCGACGUUUCCUCUCUGAAAGAGCACGGCGUGGACAAGCUCUUCUGGCUCGAGGCGGGCGCGCUAAGCCAAGCCCAGAAGAAUAUCGUCUACCUUUGCCGUCCACAACGCAAGUGGACGGAGAUCAUCGCAGAUCAGAUCAAAGCAGGCGCCUCGGACACCAGUCUGUCGGCCUCACAGCGCCACACUUACACUGUCCUCUUCACGCCCCGGAUAACGCAGACCUGCGUUGCACAGCUCCAGCAAUUCGGCGUAUACGGCAAUCUGACCGUUCGCGCUUUCCCGCUCGGCCUCGUUCCUCUCGAACAUGAUUUGCUCAGUCUCGAAGUGUCGGGCGCAGCAGGCUACAAGAACAUCUUUCUCGAACAAGAUCGCACUGCAGUGUUUGACCUUGCCAACGCGAUGAUGACGCUGCAGCAAGCCUUCGGAUUUGCGCCCCGGAUCGUCGGCAUCGGCGAAGCUUCACGUAAAUUGGCGGAUCUGCUGUUCAGACUUCGAAAUGAGAUGCCGGUUGAGUCUGGCUCGAUACACGCUGGAGCGCUCGAUUCGUUUGUCCUGAUAGAUCGUCAGGUCGACAUGGUCACGCCGCUGUGCACGCAGCUCACGUACGAAGGCCUAGUGGACGAGUGUAUUGGUGUUCGCUACGGUCAUGUCGAGGUGUCUGCAAAUCUGGACAAUAACGACGCAGCCGCAGCACAGGGGAUCGGCGCAUCGACAUCUGCUGCUGCGACACUUCCGUCUGUUAACAAGAAGCGCAAGUAUGCGCUCAGCAACGCAGAUGGUCUGUUCUCUGACCUACGAGAUCGCAAUUUCGCUGUCGUCGGCGGUAUCCUCAAUAGAGUCGCAAAACGUAUCAAUACAGACUACGAAGGACGCCAUCAGGCAAAAACGGUGACUCAGAUACGAGACUUUGUCGGCAAGCUUAGCUCGCUUCAAGCCGAGCAUCAAUCCUUGCGUCUCCAUACGCAUCUGACUGAGCAGAUCAUGUCGACCACAAUGAGCGACGAUUUCAGUGUCGCUCUAGAGAUCCAACAAAAUAUCCUCGCCGGUCUUGAGCUGGGCCAGCAAGAGCAAGCAAUCCGAAAGAUGAUCGAUCAAGGCCACGGCUUCAUGUCAGUCAUCCGGCUACUCUGCAUCUAUUCGCAAGUCAACGGUGGUAUCAAGGCAAAAGCCCUCGAGGGCUUCAAGCGGUCGAUCUUGCAAGCAUAUGGAUUCGAGUUUUUGCCCUUCCUGAUCAAUCUCGAGCGUCUCGGCCUACUCGUCCGCACUAUACCCACACGAUCCCCUUUUCAGCAAGCAAGGAAGCCGCUCAGGCUGAUCGUCGAUGAUGUCGACGAAGCCGAGCCAAACGAUCCAGCGUAUGCCUAUAGUGGCUAUGCGCCUCUGAGCGUAAGACUUAUACAGUCUGCAAUCGGAGGACGAGGUGCCACGAUACAAGGCUGGAAAGGGCUCGAAGAUCUCACAAAGGUUUUGCCCGGUCCCCCUUUCGAAGCUGUCAAUCAGGCAGAAGAGCAAGCGAGACUUAGAACACCCGCUCUCGCGAAAAAGACGCCGAUGACUGCAAUCUGCUUUGUCGGCGGUUGCACUUUUGCGGAGGUGUCUGCUAUCCGCUUCCUAGCCGCUGCAAACCCUCGACGCAAGCUGAUCAUCAUCACCACUGGCAUCGUCACUGGCUCAAGCUUGAUGAAUGCUCUGGGUCCUCAGCUACGCAAGCGAACGUGA